CUGCUUAUUUUGUGAUAUUUUAAGAAGGGUCUGCUUAUCAAGUUCAUUAUGAGAAAAAUAUCAAAAAAUCGUACAGAUGAUGAUGUAGUAUCAUCUACUAAUGGAUCUUUGUUAAAUGACGAUCAAACUGCGACGGAGAACAAAACUGUCGAAUCUGUAACUGAUGAAAGCGUCGAUCAAAACAAUGAUGAUUUUUCGAACACUUCCAAAGAAACUAAAAGAGGCAAAUCUGGCAAAGGAAAAACAAAGAAAAAUAAAGCGGCAAAAGACAAAAGUGUCGUUGAAGAAGAAUAUGAGGUCGAGAAAAUUCUUGAUUCUAAGAAGAUUAAAGGCAAACUACAUUAUUUGAUUCGCUGGAAAGGAUAUUCUGCAGACAGUGAUACUUGGGAACCUGAGCAAACUUUGUCUUGUCCUGAACUAAUCGGAAAAUUUAAUGAAGAAAAGGAGAAUUCUAAAAAUAAGGAACGAAAACCUAGUGCUGCUCUUAAAAGAAAAUCAAAAAAGACAAAAGAAACUAAAGUGCCAGCAAAAAGAGCUAAAUCUCAAUGGGACACUAGUGCAGAUGAAAAUGCUGAAUAUGAGGUCGAGCGUAUCUUAGAAGUACAUCACAAGAAAAAUGGAAAAAGAGAAUUUUUGAUCCAUUGGAAGGGCUGGUCUAGCAAGUUUGACUCAUGGGAACCUGAGAGCAACCUGAACUGUUCAGAACUCAUAAAGAAGUUCAUGGAUAAAGUGAGCAGCGCCCGUUCAUUGGAUUCCCGAAAUUUGAGAGUUGCUCCGGAGACUACAAACCGCUUCACGUUGCAAGAUCCAAGCUCAGGGCGUCGUCUUAGUAAGAGACGUGGACAGCGUCAAAGGGUGCGUUAUGAUAAUGCCGAGUAAUGAAUCACAAGUUGUAAAAUUGAUAGUUAUACCAAAUCUUCAAGAAUUUUGUGGUAUUGUGUGUGCUUCUUAAUUGAAUAUGUGAAUCAUAGAUUUAACUUUAAUAUGAAAAUGACACAGUUCUCAUUUUCAAUGCAUAUUUAAAUGAAAACCAAAAUAUUUCUUUCAAAGUAAAAAUAUCUAAAUGUGAAUGUACAAGUUAUUAUUUUCUGAAUAUAGCUUACUCAUUAACAGAAUAAUAGUAAAAAAAAAAUUAAUAUCAAAAAGAGUAGUUCAUUAUUUCAUUAAUAUGCAAAUGUACAUCAAGCUAUUUGAACAUAUUCGAAUUUAAAAUUAUGCCUGCAAAACAUUUUCCAGUUUACAUCGUUAUUAUUUUUCAUGAAGAUUUGAUAAUUUACUAACUAGUAUAAAUGUACUUCCUAUGGAUAUAAGUGCAAUGAUUCUCGAAAAUGGAGCUAAAAAUAUUAAAAAGUGUAAUUGUGCCUAUUCUAUAAUAGGUUAAUUGUCUAUUUGACUAUUUUUAUUGUAAGAUUUCUAAGAUCAAAGCAUUAACAAUACUUUACACAGACAGCUACAAUAACGAUUUUUACAAAAAAAGGUUUAAUGCAAACUUAUUGGCUCUUUGUCGAGAAUUGUUUUGAAUAAGGAUACACAUUAGUGUGUUGCAACAUAUUUAGUUUUGUAAAAAAUAUAAUAUGAAGUAUUAUGUUGUGACAAACAUAUAAUGCCUCUAUGUUUCUACUUAAUUUUAUAUAAAUUUGUUUAGGGAAGACUAUAUCUGUAUUGAAACCUAUGUUGUAAUUUUUGAGAACUAUUGUUGUAUACGUUUUCAUUCUUUUCAAGAUUUCUAAUGCUCCAUUCUUCUCUUUUUAAGACUACGUUAUUUAUAAGAUUAGAAAAUUAAGCACGGUGUUUAUAUACAUACUUGCAAAACCUUUAGAAUUAAAAGCAUUUCCGUAUGGUUUGUUUUGUAUAUCAUCAUCAUAAGGCAUUGUUGUUCAUCAACACGAUAUUCAACGCAAGAUCGCGUCAUUAUAUCCCUUAAAUACAAGGUUUAAUUUUGUAACGUGUAAUGUGUAAUACGCGAAACUUGAUAGAAGGUUUUUUGAAAAUUAGAUUACAAAAAUCCAAGAUUUCAAAAUUACUUCUGUAUGAGCAAUAUUAUAAUUUCAUUUUUUAAACACUAUUAAUAUAACUCGUAACUUCGUUAUACCAAAUUAAAUCUUGAAAUGUCA